ACGCCAGCAUGGUCCCUGGUUUUGAGAUUUCAGCUCUGCCGCUGUCGCUUUGAUUUUAUGAAGUUUUUCUUUGUAACAUCGCCGUUGAAUUAAUCAAAUCUCGAGCAGCUCACAUUUCAGCCGCAGCUCGUCGACACGGAGGAGAGAUGUGUAAAGAGCUGAAGACCAAAGUGCUGCGUCUGCUGCCGCCGACCUCCAACGGACCCUCCGUUCAGCCGGAGGGCUACACAGAUGGUGCUGAAAUCCUGAGCUCCACUGUGAAGGCUCUGAAGGACGGUCAUGUGGUCGCUGUGCCCACAGACACCAUCUACGGCCUGGCGUGUCUGGCCCAGAACUCCGAGGCCGUCAGAAAAACCUACAACAUCAAAGAAAGAAAUGGACAUAAACCGCUGGCCAUCUGUGUGGGAGAAAUCCAGGAUAUUUACAAGUACUGUAAGGUGAAGGUGAAGGAAGCUCUGCUGAGCGACCUGCUGCCUGGUCCCGUCACUCUGGUGUUUGAAAGAUCUGAAGCUCUGAACACAGAUCUCAACCCCUUCACUCCACUUGUAGGCGUACGGAUCCCAGAUCAUACCUUCAUGAGACGCCUUUGUCAGAUGUGCGCUGAACCACUCGCUCUUACCAGCGCCAACAUCAGCUCACACACCAGCACUGUGGCUGUACAUGAGUUUCAGGAGCUCUGGCCCAAGCUAGCGGUGGUGGUGGACGGCGGGCCAAUAGGAGACGACAGCCGGCUCGGAUCAACGGUGGUCAACCUAUCAGUGCUUGGGAAAUACCGCAUCAUCAGACCUGGCUGCGCCCUUUCUUUUACGGUUGAGGUGCUGGAGCACAAAUAUGGACUGUCAGAAGACACGGGGGACAAAUGACCUUUGAACUCUCCAUAACACAUGCUGAGACGCACAACCAGCUCUGACCCCGGGGCUUUUUCAGAGAAUAUGAAUCCUUUUCAUGUUCGCGUGGAAGUCUUCCCGGGGAGGACUGAACUCAGGAACAACUGGAUGGACGAUAUUAUUCUGUUGACUGCUUUAAGGUCUGGACUUUUUUUUUUUUUUUUUUUGCGUUUGAUGACCGUAUUAUCUGCCUUACAGCGUCUGCUAUCAUGGGAUUAUGUGGGAAACACAGUGCAGGGUCAGCUAUAUAGUAUGGGAUUUUUUUGUGCAACAAAUUUAAAACUUUAACUUUCUGUACUGUUAAAACAAUGUGGCUUAACGGAAAUUGCAAUGGUGCGAGUUUUUAUUUUAAUAUUUCUAUAAUGGUGAGAGGUGUUGGAGCCAACUUUUUUAUGGCCUGAAUAGUCAUUUAUGAUAAGUGUUGGGAGGAGCUCUAAUUUGCGUUGACUCAAUGUCAAACUUGAGUUCAGAACUAUUUUUAUUAACUUUGAAAUUCCCUGUAUUUAUUUUAUCCGCAUUUCAGUUAAACAGUGUGCAGUUACGGUUACAAUUAUUUAAUGUAGUUUUAUACUGUGGCCUAAAGGAACCGUACACUCCAAAAUCAAAAAGACAUAUUUUUCCUUCUCCUUUUGCCAUUUAUUAUUAUAGAUUGUUUGGUUGUGAGUUGCCGAGUGUUGGAGAUAUCACCUUUAGAGCUGUCUGUUGUCCCUCGAAUAUACUUAAGCUAGAUGGCAUUCAGAUUGUGGUGCUAAAAGUGCCAAAAAAUACAUUUGAUAAACUCUACAGCAAAAUGUCUCUUUUCAAAAAUCAUGACCCAGUUACCCAAGAUAAUCCACAGUUCAUGUAGGAGUGGCAACCAUAACACUAGACAGAAGGAAAUACAUUUUUCAUUUUGGGGUGAACUGUCCCUUUAAACAAUUAACAUUUACAAGUUAAAAAAAUAUAUAUAUCAGAGUUGUGUUGGUUAGCACAUUCAAUAAGUGGAUAGACUUUAUGAAAUUAAUCCGCCCUCUUGUAUGUUUAGAGCUGAAGCAUUUUUAAAAUUCCCAUCACCUACUGUAAACUCUGCAAUGUACAAUCAUUGAACAGACACAAUAAAAGUUUUUUUUGUA